UAACGCUUUUCUCAAACUCUAUGCAUGUGCUACAAAACCGAUUUGAUGAUUAAAAUACAAAUGUUUUGAAUUUAUAAAAUUAUGUCAAGAUAGCUUUGGAUACUGUAAUUGAUUAUAUAUUAAAAUAUUUAUAAUCAUGGACGUUGAUUUAUUAAGGCCUGGUAUGAUACCCAUUGCACCAAAUACAAAACUAUGGUUUGAAUUUCUUAUUGAUCCUUCUCUUCUUGAAGAGCAUUUAAAUAAUCCCCAAGCAGACCCGAAUGCAACAGACCUUUUAAUAAAAUUUUUAUAUUCAUCAAUGGAAAGACCAAAAGAUCUACCACCUAUUGACAUUGAUGAUUUAAUGGAUAAUUCAAAAAUUGAGUACAGAAAACGUAAAAAAUACGAAUGUUUAAAAAUAUUAGCUAUGAGAAUUGUUAGUUUUUGGGAAUGGGAUCUUAACAUUUUUCAAACCAGAGUUCCAAUAAGUUUACAAAUCAUUUUUGUUCAAGACUUGUUGGAUUUAGUAUCAAAUGAACUUAAUCUUAUAAAUUUUGAAUCUCAUAUUUCUAUUGAGGACUUAUCACAAUUAAGUGAUCAACAAUUAUUUGCCAUAGCAUUUUUUCAUCGUUGGACACUAACUGCUAUAAUAAAUUAUACAAUUUCAAAAAAAUCAAAUUUUGCUUUAGGAUCUAUUCAGGAUGGAAAUGAAGAUGUACUACUCAAAUUAGAAAUGCAGAGCGAACUUAGUGAAAAAAUGUUAUUACGUUUAAUUGGAUUAAAGAGAAAAUCAUAUAUAAUUCCAAAUAUGGAAACAUUUAUACCCCCUGAUGAACUUAAUCCAUUGACCUGCAACUGGUCUAAAGGACUUAUUAUUUCCUCAGCUGAAUUUCUCUCCCAAAUUAUGUAUGACUACUCUAAAUACAAGUUUUUCAAAGAACAAUAUGAAGAUGCCCAUACAUAUUUUACCAAGUGCAGACAACUGUACCAAAAUUUAAAACCAAGUUCAUUUUAUAAAAUCAAAAUAGAGGAGUUAAAUGGAUUUUGUGCUGCUUGUUCUCUAGAGGUUACAGAAAACACAAAUUUAUUUGUACAAUUUUUACAUUCAAUUCAAUCAAAUUAUCAAGAUGUUUUAAAAAUUUUAAACAACGAUAAUAAAACAUUGGACAUACCAUUGAUGUUUCGAGAUUCCUUAGAACUAGAUUUGGCAUCUAUACUCUCAUUAGGAAAAUUUACUGCUUCCAGGGAUAUGUUAUUUCAAAUUCAAACUUUAAAUGCAAUGCGAAGAGCUUUAUUGACAACUGAGGAAGUAAUGUUAAUGCCUCCUGAAGACUAUGUUGCUAAAAUCAAAGCAAAUUCCCAUGGCCCUGAAAUAUUUUUUAAGGAAUUGAAAAUGUAUUCUUCAAUUAAAGAUGAAAAUGUAAAAAAAAAUUUUAAAAUAUUUAUCUACAAUAUUUUGUUAAAAUGUCCAAAAAAUUUGAUUAACGACAUCAUCAAAGAGGGAAGUAAAGUGAGCAAAUUAUUUGAUGAAGAUGAAAUUCAACAGUUGUUAAUAUUUCCAGAUGAUACACCUUCAUUUAAAGUGAAUAUGGCGAAGCGGUUUCAACGUAUGAAUUUAAAACAUAAUUUAGGCAUAAAUAAGCAAAAUAUUUUGCUAAGAAAUAAAAUUUGCACCGAAAUUGAUCCAAAUAAUGUUCGCAAUUUAUUACAACAAUUAUACAAAAUUGAUCCUAUGUAUAAUGUUAUGGACCUAAAUUUAGAAUGGCAAGUUCCUUUACCUUUGCUAAAUCUUUUAAUUUCAUUACCAAAUGGAGUACUGAAAUUUGUACUUCUAACAUUUUUGGCCAAAGCGGAAGAAAUGACAAACUUGAAUAAUUUUAAAAAAGCACUAGUAUUUUUAAAAGAAGCAGAAAAUGAUGUCAAAAACAGUAACAAUGUUAUAUUUUCAAAAUUAAGACAGUUAAUAUCUUGGGAAAGCCUUUAUGUUGAGAUGCUUCAAUUUCAACAUGAAUUUAAAACUUAUGUUAUUGGAGAUCUUAUUGAUCGUUGUAAGUUAUGUCUUGAAACUGUUCAAGGAGAUAUGAUACCUCGACAAGAUAUUGCUGAACAAUGUGUAUUAACUCUUUUGAAUAUUGGUGAAUGGGAAUACUUAACAACUAAACGUUUUAGUUGUUUUGAUCUGCCAUUAGCUAUUGUUUAUUCAUGUAUUGACGUUACUAAAUUUAAAGGAAAUAAAAAAAGUGCUAAAGAAAUAUGGGAUUUAGUUUUACCAAUAUUUGACUAUAGCUACAAUAAUCCAAAUAAAAGAACAUUAGAUGGAGAUUCUGCUUGUAAUCAAAACAGAGUAUUAAAUCAAAAUGACCUUAUGAGAUUAUUUAUGAGUUUAAGAGAUCAAACUGCUAUACAAAUUGUACUAUCACUUUUAAUUAAAAUACAAAAUAUUCUCAGAGAUGAGUCAUCUACUGAAAUUAUUAUGCCAUACCUUCAUAUUUGGCCUGCUAUGCCCAAUGGAAUGAGUUUUCCUUUGCGAUGUAUUACUGAUUUUCUCGAAAUUGUAUUAAAUGAAACAUUAAAAUUUCAUCCAAAUCAUAUAAUAUUAUUAAAGUUAAAAGGAGAUCUACAAUAUGUCAUGGGUCAUUAUAGUUCUGCUAUGAAAUGGUAUAUGGAAGCUAUUGUAAUUGUGAGUGACUACUUUGCUAGACCAAUUUUAAAACCAAUGAUUGAUGAUUAUGUGUAUAAAAGAAUGGUUAGAUGUUGUAUGCAAAUGCAAAAUUUUACUCAGGCUGCAAUAUUGUGUCUUUUUCAAGAUGAAGUGGACUACACAACAGUGUUUAAGUGUGCUUCAGAAACCAACUCGUGUGAUGCCUUAGAUGAAUACUAUGAAUAUAUAUGGGAUAUAAGUCUGUUAGAAUUUUUAAUAUAUUGGCAUACCAAACUUAAUCAUCAAGAACACAGACAAAAACUUUUAAAAACAAUUGGUGCAUUAGAGUUAAAUGCAAAUAAUAAUGAGGAAAUUAAAAGAGAAGCAGCCAAUAUAAGAAAAUUAAAAUUCCUAAGAGCAUUGUCACAACAGUAUAUACAUCCCUGAAAUGACAAAUUCGUAAUUCUAUUUGUUUACAAUAGUGUUUAUUACAUUUAUAUAAUUUUUUUAAUUUUAAAUAUGUAUCAUCGUGUAUAUUUUGUAUGAAUAAACUUUCUUUAUACAAUA